CCCCCUCGCCCAGCAACGACAACGACUGCACACGCACCUACUACAACAUUGCUGAUCUACCAUGCCGCUGUGCUCAGCGCUGCCCGGGAUUACACUCAGAACGAACUGUAUGUGUUUAUAUAUGUGAGAGGGUGUCACGAUGUGACUGGACAGUGGUCAAGAACGCCGGGGGAUGGACGGAUCGAGAGACCAGAAACACGUUCAAGAUGGCAAGGAUGCAGUCGAUGCAGAGCCAGUGUUGUUGCUGCGCGAUCAGCGUCUUCUCCGCGCUGUUCGGGAUCAUCAUGUUGUCGACCGGAGUCUGCCUGGUGCUCAACUACCGCAUCAUGGAGGUGGACACGACAGGCCUUCCUCCUGAGUGGCGGAAUGAGGAGGGCAAGAAGAUUGUUGGUAUCAUCCUCAUCUGUUGUGGCAUAGGCGGCAUGGGAAUGAGUGCCCUCAUCACUGUGUUGUACUUUACUGUCUGCUCUCGUCCCAAAACCACCCCUGCCGUCGCCCCUGCUGGACCUGUCCAGGGACACGGGCCGGGACAUCUGACGGCGGGGAAGACAGCCCACCACCCUCCAAACACACCUGACCCAUACUGUACAGAGGUGAAUGCGAAACAGCAUAACUCAUCGAAAGGCCGACGUGGGAAGCGGACUACAAAGAAACGACCACAUCUUAAAAAAUAUAAAAAUAAUCUCACAACUCAUAAGGAGGUGAUCAAUGAAAGUGAGCCCCGUCGUGAACAUAUCGAUCUGGACGAGUCGUCCCAGUCUCUAGACUCCUCCCAGACCGCGUCGUCCAGGACGACUAUCAGUGGGACAGCACAGGAAAUCAUAGAAACGUCACUAAAGACAAAACAGGAGUAUGCUCCACCUGUGAUAUUAAAUGUGAACCAUUUACCUCAGCUUCCGAACCCGGAGACUGGUAUGCUUAAAACAAUGCCCCUUCCCCCUAUCCAAUCCAAAUCGGUGGAGAUGGAUUCAGAGGAGGAAGAGGUGUCUCAGAUAGAGGAAAUUAAGAAGCUGGACAAACAGGUGGCCGGCCUGAUAGAGUGAACAUGCCGGACAAUACCAGUGUUAUAUGUUGCUUCGUGAUGGAACCUGGUAUGCUCACAUGUGGCCAACCUAUCUGUGUUCCCUCUACUACGUGUUGCACCUUGAAGGGAGUGGAGAGUACUGGACAAGCAUCUGGUCAACAUGUUGUGUUCUGAGGAUUGAUGGAGAAACCAGAUAUGGUUGGCCAGAAACUGGGACAAUCACUGACCACAGUCCAGUUCUCCAACUGUCCAUGGACGGCCAGUACGGUGGGGCUGCACAAAGUAGUAUGUUUCGUACCGAUAGCAUGUCUAGAAAUGUACAUGUGUCUCUAGACGUGUGAGUAGAAAGCUGUGUGGUGAGGUGAACCUUUGUGUUAGUGGUACGUAUCCGACGAGGGUCACGAUGGCCUCAUCAAGGUGUUAUAUAAGAUGCAGCAUCUACAGGUCACGAUGAUCUUAUCCAAGGUCAGUGCAACCCACUAACGGGUCCAGCUUCUAUAGACUAGCUAGGCUCCAAGUGCUAGGAUGUCAGUGGAGGGACGGUAUGUGUGUGGGAGUGACACAGUCCCGCGACUGCCCAUCACUUUCCUGCCCUCAGGACCCAAUUACUGCAAUAUGUGAUACUGUCUGAAACAAUUGUGAUAACUGUAGCGAUGUCAUACACUCUUUGUUGUCAACAAUGGAGAUGUUCAUUUGCAAAACAGUGUUGACUUCAUCGAAAAUUAACCAUGCUGAAAUUCUCCUUGUUCUACGUUGUCAGUGUCCAGGAAUGUCUGGUGACGGGUCUUCAUGGAAUGUAUGGUCAUCUCUGCUGGACGAUGGACGUACACACACCUGGCAUGUGUACACACCACACCAUUAACGCUGCAAGUGCACGUGCGACACAAGCUUUCUCUGCAAGUACACGUGACAACCACCUGCUUGUCAUGAACGAUAGAACACCCACCGACCGUGUGCAUGUGU